AGAAGGAAACGGAAAUGAGUAGGAAGAGAGAGGCUGAAAGCGACCAUAAACCGAGUGGACUAUGUCUUACAAACUUCUACAAUAACUAAAAUUCUUCUAUAUUAUAUCGCUUUUGCCAAACAAUUAUUGAAUCAAUCAUCGUUUGAAUCAAGACUAAAAGCUUUUCGAGCUUAUUUCACCUCAAUUUCCACUUUAUUUGAUCGCUUGCUUGUUUUGGGUAUAUGCAUAUAUAUAUAUAUGUAUAUAUCUAUAUGGUAUAUACAGAGAAUGUAGUUGUGUCAAUUGAGAGAUAGAGAGAGUAUUUGGUAGCGGUAAUAGAGUGUACAAUGAUGCUGCAUCUUGCGGACCCUGUGAAGCUCCAAACCAAAAAGGUGGUGUUUGAAGACAUCUUCAAUGCGCAUGAUUCUGGCACACUUGAGCAACUGAAAGAGUUAAGCUCCAAGCGUAGAAUAAUUGAGGAGUCCAUUAAUAAGAGCAGCUUCAUUACAGAGGCUAUUGCUAGGGAAAUGUCCGGGGGGUUGAAUUCUCAUUGUGAACAGGACCUUCAGAAAUUGGAACAGUAUUUACCACUAUUGGAAAACUUGGUUCACCAUGUUGAUUUGGUUAGCGACUGCCAGAGGAAAAAUCGUUGGGUUUCAGACCUUAAAAUAAGAUGGAGUAGUUCUCUAAGUUCGCCAUCUUUCUUUAAUCUCAAGGGUCCAAAGUUUUUUCAAAUUAACAGUUUACGGUUUGAGCUUGGUAUGACGCUUUUUCUUUAUGGUUCAAUGCUUCGAGAAUGGGCUUUAGAAGUUAUGUCUGCAGAUUUGGUAGAGUCUGCCACCCUUUUCAGAAAAGCUGCUGGAGUUUAUCACUAUCUGGCUCAUGACCUCCUUCCCUAUAUACAGCCACUGCCAAUGUUGAUAACUGAAAGGCCACUUGAAGCUUCCUCAUGCAUGCCUUCUGUUAUGAGCAUCAUUUGCUUGGCCGAGGCCCAGGCUGUAACUAUAAGGAAGGCUGAAGAGAAAGGAAAUAGCGGAGGUCUUUUGUCAAAGCUGCAUUGUGGCAUUACACAGUUACUUGAUGAAGCCACUGGUAUGUUACAUUCUGUGACCGAAGCCCGCAAAGAUGUUUCAGCGCGUUUUGUGGAUUUCAUCUCAUCUUGCAAAGCCGUACACGAGUUAAGAAGCUGUAAAUACCUUGCAGAAGACCUGAAGAUUGCCAGUCAGGUUGGUGUUGCUGUUGGAGUUCUUCGUCGUGCGUUGAUUAAUGCGCAAAAGAAUUUACCAGGGGAGGAGUCGUGGCGAUUGGUUUUCAAGAAGGAAAUUGACGAUGUUACUGGUUUGAUCAGGAAGUAUGAACAUGAGAAUGAAUUUGUAUGGCGAGAGAAGAUACCCUCCGAUGAUGACUUGCCAUUGCCGCAAGGUAAAAGAAUAGUGAGUUUUCUACCUUAUCAUCCACAAAGAUGGGAAAGAGCUCUUGUUUUCAAAACCUAAAAUGUACAAAAUCCUGUAUAGUCUACCAUAGUUUCAAUUUGGGGAACCAAAAGGUAUCAAGCUUUUUGUGCUUCCAGACUUUUUGUUUGCCAUGGAAUGCAUUAUAAUGCAGUUGUCUACAUUUUUGAGGAUGUCAAACUUCAAUUCUUGUUUGGCAAGAGAUUGUUCGAGGUUUUGCUUCAUGUUAAUUUUUUAUAAUUAAGGGUUUUUUUUUUUUUUAGUUGUAUGGAUUGAUUAUAUUGUGUAAAUGAAAGAAUGGUUAGUUGGAUGCAA